AUGCUCCGAUCACUUCUCUCAAGAUCUUCCCUGCACGCCUCUUUCCAGCGACCGAUCCUCGCAACCCGAACUCUAGCCACAGCCUCAAACUUUGUCAAAAUCGUCGAAGUCUCUCCCAGAGACGGCCUGCAAAACGAGAAAGCCAUCGUCCCCACCGCAACUAAGAUCGAGCUUAUUCGCAGGCUGGCCGAGACGGGGGUUCCGGUCAUCGAAGCAGGAUCUUUCGUUUCGCCCAAGUGGGUUCCUCAGAUGGGCGAUACACCCGAAGUGGUUUCGGGGAUGUCAGUCGACUCGUCCAAAUCCUACCCUGUUCUGGUGCCAAACAUGCGUGGCUUGGAGGGGUUAUUCAAGCUACUUAGUGGAUAUGAAGGGAAGAAGAAACCGACGGAUGAGAUCGCCAUCUUCACCGCCGCUUCUGAAUCUUUUUGCAAAGCCAACACAAACUGCUCCAUUGACGAAUCUCUGCAGAGGCUCGAGGAGGUUACAAGUAGAGCGAAGCAAGCAGGGUUGAAAGUGAGAGGGUAUAUCAGCACAGUAGCAGGGUGUCCGUAUGAAGGCCGCAUAGACCCCGAAGCCGUCGGCCGUGUCUCAAAAGCGUUGCUCAACAUGGGCUGCUACGAAAUCUCGCUCGGUGAUACAAUCGGCGCCGGAACACCAUCCAUCAUGGAAGCUGCACUUAAUGCCUCCAUUCGACACAGCAAUGCUUUGCCCGAGCAAUUUGCAGCACACUGUCACGAUACAAUGAACACGGGAUUGGCUAAUGUCUUGCACAUGGUCAGGUUGGGUGUAAGGACAGUAGACUCGGCUGUAGGUGGACUUGGCGGGUGCCCGUACUCACCAGGCGCGACAGGCAACAUCGACACAGAAAGCGUCGUCUUUGCGCUGCACAAUGAAGGCUAUGAAACGGGAACGGAUCUGGAUAAGUUAGUGGACUUGGGCGAAUGGAUCAAUGGCGAGAUUGGGAGAAGCAAUGCUAGUAGCGCGGGGAGGGCGGUGUUGGCUCAGCGAAAGAUCAAGGCUGAGAGAGCAGCCAAGGCGCAGGAAGCUAAAUUGUAA